AUGAGUAAUGGAAAAGCUGAGAAGGUUAAGCUCCAACGCGAAGUUGGGCUACUGGGUGGCGUCUCUUUGAUUGCCGGUACGAUGAUUGGCUCUGGAAUAUUCAUGUCUCCCCAGUUGGUGCUUCUUAACAUCGGGAGUCCUGGUGCCAGUCUCGUCAUCUGGGCGAGCUGUGGAAUGCUUGCUAUGCUGGCGUCACUAUGUUAUGCAGAACUGGGGACUACAAUACGAGAGUCGGGCGGGGAGUACAUCUACCUACUACGCACAGCAGGUCAACCCAUUGCUUUUCUUUGGAUUUUCACAUCUGUUGCAGUCAUACGUCCUGCCAGUCUGGCCGGGGUCUCGCUAAGCUUUGCUAUCAAUGCGAUUGCCCCCUUCUACCAGGAUUGUCCUCCACCAGACAAUGUGGUGAAAUGUGUGGCUGCUGCAGGCAUCAUACUGCUGACUGUUGUAAAUUGUCUGAACGUGCGUUCCUCCAUGAACAUUAUAGUGUUCUUCAUGGCUGCUAAGGUGGUAGGCCUGGCCAUCAUUGUGAUUGGUGGUGUUUGGCAACUUGCUGGUGGCAACACAGUCAACCUUGAGAACUCCUUCGAAGGGACAUAUUGGAGUGUCAAUUCCAUAGGUUUGGCUUUUUACCAGUGUCUGUGGUCCUAUGACGGCUGGAACAAUUUAAAUUAUGUGACAGAAGAGAUAAAAAAGCCACAGGUGAAUUUACCCAGAGCUGUGAUGAUUGCCAUUCCAUUGGUUACCCUGCUGUAUUUGCUGGUCAACGUGAGCUACUUUACAUUACUGACACCAAAUGAAAUGAUAACCUCAAGCGCUGUUGCGGUGACAUGGGGGAAUAAGAUGCUUGGAGGUUGGGGGUGGCUAAUGUCUCUGGCAGCAGCUCUCUCUGCCUUUGGAUCACUGAAUGGCACAUUCUUCAGCGGUGGCCGUGUGUGCUUUGUGGCUGCAAGAGAAGGGCAUCUGCCGGACAUCCUGGCCAUGGCCCAUGUGCAUCGUUUCACACCUUCCCCUGCACUUAUAUUCACAUCUGCAAUGUCUCUCAUCGUACUAAUUCCAGGAGAUUUUCAGACCAUUGUCAACUUUUUCAGUUUUACAGCAUGGUUCUUUUAUGCCCUCACCCUGAGUGGCCUUCUUUAUCUAAAGAUCCGCAGGCCGGAACUGCCACGCGCAUAUAAAGUUCCAAUCAUCAUCCCCAUCUUUGUCCUCAUGGCAGCCGUUUUUCUAGUCAUUGCACCCAUUGUUGACGAUCCACAAAUUGAGUACUUGUAUGUCACACUCUUUAUCCUAAGUGGUAUCAUUAUCUAUAUACCCUUCAUCCACUUCAAGCUCUGUCCUGGAAUUCUGGACAGGGUGACAGUUUUCACACAAAUAUUUCUUGAGGUGGCCCCAGCUGACAAAAACCUGUGAAGGAAGAAAACCAAAGCCAUUCAAGCUAGUAGUUAUGCCAUGAGAUUGUGAGAAUUAUGGCCUUCGGUCUUUGGUUUCUUGAUUUGUGCUGACCUCUGUGCCUCUCCUCACAUGUACUGGACACCCACUAUACAGUACCUUUGUUUACCGAGCUGGCUUUCUCAACGAACAAUGUAGGUUACUGAUGCCAGCUUUCUAAAACCAAAUUUUCGGAUGAUGCUCCAAAAGGAUGCAGAGAUGACCAAAAUACUUGUUCUUGCCUACAUUCGAGUAGGGUGCAUUCAGGUAAAUUGGGCCACUUUUCAGCAAAUUCAGGAACACUGAUGAAAUCUGAGGAAGAACAUCAAUACAUUACCCAAACUUAAGUUUGAUUGUGUAAAGUGACUCAUAAUCUUCCAUUUCAUGACAAAAAACAAGAUUAAUGUAAAAAUUAUACAUUUUUACAAGUUUUACUGACAGGUGUGUCAUCCUGGAUGGAAAAAAAAUGCAUUCAGGUGAAAUGGGCCACCUAUUCAUUCCAAAGGUAAAACUAAGAAUUGCACAAAAGAAAAACAAAAUUAGUGAUGAUUUUAAUAUUCCUCCAUUUGUUUUUGUUUUCAACGCAUCUGUUCCCAAAAAGAUAUCACAACUCCAUUAAAAGAGCUCCCCUGACACCUCCAUCUUCAAUAAUAUAAUAGUUACAUUAUUUUUGUAGAAAACAUGAAUGGUAAUUCCCAUAGAAAAAAGCGGCCCAAAUUACCUGAAAGGGGCGGCCCACUUUACCUUAACAUGUUCAGCCAAAAUGUGUUUUUUUUUUUUUUUUUUUACAUUUUUAGGUAUUUAAAGUUCACAAUGUUGCCACAACUAUGUUUUUCCAGAUUAAAGGCACACAUUCAAAGCUAAAAACAUAUCCGUAGUUUUUAUCACAUCUGAAAACAGUAUCAUCCUUAUUUUAUCUAGACUAUUUCUUAUUUUGGCAAGACUGAAAAUACACUUUCUUCUGUCAGACUCCAUAUGAGGGUUCUCCCUGCCCAUCAAAAAGGUGUUAUGCAAUUAAAAUGACUUUAAACAGAUAGAGUGGUAAUGUUGCAACAAUUUCAGUACAUUUGUGGUGGUUGGUCUGUAGAAUUAAAAUAAAUGAGACACCCAAUGCUUAUGCGGCCCAAUUUACCUGAACGCACCCUAAUAAAUGUAUA